AUGCUCCUUCUCCUCUGUAUCAUCGUUCACUCCUACGUCCCGCAGUAUCGCCGUCUCCGGAGUUGCCGCAACACAGAUGGCCUCUCGCCGUCCUUCAUCUUGCUGCGCGCUCUCUCCACGACUGCCAAUCUAGCAAACCUACUCAUUCUCCCCACUGCGUACGCGACAGUCGGCCACUGCCGCCGUGAUUAUUCGCCUGGUCGAUGUGUCGUGGAGUUGGUGACCCAUUGGCAGAUUGCGGCGGACUGGAUUUGUUUUCAAGGCAUACUAUUUCUCUACGUGCGCUAUUACGGUCGAGAUGAGGUCACUUCUCAAUGGUCUCCCUCCUCUCUUCAAUCUCCCGAAAUAGUGCAGGAAGAAGAGUCCUCGUCUCUCGGAAAUACGAGGACAGCCACCGCCAUCAUUGCGAUAAAUGUCAUCUUGGAUGUUUUGCUGCUCGGCCCGUCACUGUUUUUGAACAUCAACAUCCCCAUCCCCUCACCGGGGUACUACAACCUUAUGCAGAUCUGGUCUUUCACUACGAUUGCAGUGUCCACGUUCCUUGCGCUCAUCUACCACUGUCCUCAGUUUUAUUACACCGGGACUUCUAAGCGGGUCGGUAGUCUCAGUAUUGCUACGCUCGGCAUGCAGACCGCGGUCUACUUCCUCCUGGCGGUGUCCUUGGGGGUGCGCUAUGGGAAACUCGAAGAGGAGGACCCUUGGCGCCGAUAUCUGUACGCGUUUAAUAUCUGGAUCAGUUACCUCAUCACCGGGUUUCAAGCGUGCGUUCUCCUGGGCGAGUGCAUAUACGUGGCCUAUGUCCUGUCAGCGCCAAAAGGCGAGCAGGAUGAGGGCGGGGAGGCACCAGUGGACGCCGCCAUCGGGGAACAGACGCCACUGCUCGCGAGUCGACCGGACGAGGCUGCUGGUUGA